UCAAGUGUGAGAACUGUCCCUGGCCAAACAGAAUCUGUGAGUGUCGUCUCGCCGUAGUUAUUUCGCGUGGCUCGCAUCCUCAGUUCGCUUGAUCCAGACGCCGCUGGAGACGCAAACGUAGGAAAAUCGCGUCGGUUUGCCCAGCUUCCAUCGGUUGAUCAUACGACCAGCCGUCGCUCGAGCUCGCUCUCAUGGUGAACAAGGUGGUGGAGGUGAAGCUGAGUGCGGCAGAGGAGCAGGAGAAAUGGCUGGCCGAUGCGCUCAACGUUGUCAAGCAGCAGGCUUUCUACAUGCGCCGAGCGCUGGACUCUGGCAAUCUGCGAGAAGCCCUCAAGUACUCCGCCCAGAUGCUCUCUGAGCUGCGCACCUCCAAGCUCGCCCCACAGAAAUAUUACGAGCUCUACAUAGUGGUGUGUGGCGAGCUGCAGAACCUGGAGGCGUUCUUCUGGGACGAGCACAAGAUGCGCGGCCGCAGCUGCGUGGACCUCUACGAGCUCGUGCAGCAUGCAGGCAACAUCGUGCCCAGGCUGUACCUGCUGUGCACGGUGGGGGCGGUGUACAUCCGCAGCAAGGAGGGGCCAGCCAAGGAGGUGCUGAGCGACCUGAGCGAGGUGUGCAAGGGCGUGCAGCACCCCAUCCGAGGGCUCUUCCUGCGGGCCCACCUCACCCAGUGCAGCCGCGACAAGCUGCCCGACACUGGGUCGGAGUACGAAGGGGAAGGCGGCACGGUGGAGGAUGCGGUGGAAUUCCUUCUGCAGAACUUCACAGAGAUGAACAAGCUGUGGGUGCGCAUGCAGCAUCAGGGCCCCGCCACCGAGAGGGAGAAGCGCGAGCAGGAGAGGAGGGAACUCAGGGACUUGGUGGGCAAGAACCUGCAUCUGCUGAGUCAGCUGGAGGGGGUGAAUCUGGACAUGUACAAGACGCUCGUGCUGCCACGCAUACUCGAGCAGAUUGUGAACUGCAGGGACGAGAUCGCGCAGCAGUACCUCAUGGACUGCCUCAUUCAAGUCUUCCCAGACGACUUCCACCUCAACACCCUCGAGACCCUCCUGGGGGCGUGCCCUGAGCUGCAGCCCACUGUGGAUGUGCGCACCAUCAUGUCUCAACUCAUGGACCGGCUAUCCACCUUCAUGGAUAAGAACCCCGAUGCCUUGCCGCAUUUCCUAGAGGUUGAUGCCUUUGCCAAGUUCAACUCGGCAGUCAGCAAGGUCAUGGAGGCGCAGACGGAGAUGCCUCUAAAGGGCGUGGUCAGUCUGCAUCUGGCGCUGCUGCAGUUUGUGCUGCGGGUGCACCCCGACAGGCUGGACUACAUCGACCAAGUGCUGGCUGCAUGCGUGGGGAUCUUAGACGCAAGGCGGCAGACCAAGGACAGCCCUACCACGAAGCAGCUGGUGGCGCUGCUGUCGUCAGCGCUGGACAAGUUUGGCAAGGGCGGGGUGAUGACGGUGCUGCAGCUGCCGCACUACGCACGGGUCAUGGGGCACCUGGACCACGAGACCAAUAAGAGCAUGGCGGUGGUUAUCAUUCAGAACAUGGUCAAACAUGAGACCACCAUUGGGGACCCGGAGAAGGUGGAGUGUCUGCUGAGCCUCGUCCGGCACCUCACGCAAGACAUGGACGGUGUGCCACCAGUGGAUGAGCUGGACAUGGACGAUUUCUCCGAGGAGCAGAAUCUUGUGGCUCGCCUUGUGCACCUGCUGGUCAAUCCCGACCCUAGAAUACAGUUCCAGAUUCUCUCCAUCAUUCGCACGCACCUCUUCAAGGGCGGACAGUCCAGACUCCGCUUCACCAUCCCCUCGCUUGUCUUCUGCUCGCUGCAGCUGGUGCACCAGCUGCUAGCCCAGGGCAUCACAGGGGCGGAUCAAGCACUGGCAGCAGCGGGGGCAGCAGCGAGCCAAGCAGCGCUGGCAGCUGCAGCAGCGGGGGAGGGGGCUGUCACUCCGCUCACUCUCUUCCUCUUCCUGCACAAGGUGGUGGAGUCUCUCUCCGAGUUUGUGCCUCCUCUGGCCCUCAAGCUGGCUCUAGAGUGCGCUCAGGUGGCCAGUGCGUGUGGACUGGAGCCCAUCGCCUAUGACCUCUUCACCCUCGCGUUUGUCAUCUAUGAGGAGGAGAUCUCGGACUCCAAGGCGCAGGUGACUGCGCUGCACUUGAUCAUAGGAACGCUGCAGCGCUGCCACGUCUUCUCAGAAGAGAACAGAGACACGCUCACACACAAGGCCACAGGGUAUUCUGCCAAGCUGCUAAAGAAAGCAGACCAGUGCCGCGCUGUAUGCGCCUGUGCACACCUGUUCUGGAGCGACGAGGAGGAUGGGCCCAGGGAUGGCGAGAGGGUGGUUUUGUGCUUGAAACGGGCGCUCAAGAUUGCCAACGCAGCGGCUCAGCAGCUCUCUGCCGCUGCUAGAGUGCCCGGUUCCCAUGUCGUGCUGUUAGUGGAAAUCCUCAACAAGUACCUGUACUUCUUUGACAAGGGCAACCCCCACGUGACCCCUGUGGUGCUCCAGGGGCUCAUAGAGCUCAUCAACUCCGAGCUGGCCAUGGACGGCGCUACAGUGGAUGCUACAGUGCACGGUUUCUAUCGUGCCACACUCGCGCAUAUCAGGGAUCAGAAGCACAAGGCGGGUGCUGUAGGGGAGAAAUACUCAGAGAUCCAGAUAUGAGAUGGUAGGAGUGCUACAGUGGAUGCUACAGUGCACGGGUCCUAUUCCGGCGCAUCUUAGAGGUCAGGAGGAGCACAAACUAAGUAGGGGUUGGUAUUCAAGAGAUUCAAAUAUGAUUGGAUGUUUGUAUUAAAAAAGGUAUAUGUCCUUAUGUAAAAAAACCCUUCCUGUAGU